UUACAUGCCGCCAAGCUUGUUGCCUGUUGGAGUUGGCGAAUGGCGAUCCAUUAAUCUUAACAAAAGAAACUUGGAAGGCUAGCUUGCUUUAUUGGAAACCAUCCGCAUCGCCUGACCAACCUUCAUCUUUGUCAUUUCCUAACUACUACAACUGCCACGGUAAACUACCACAAAAACGUUGAGAGAGAGGGAGAGAGAGAUGGGGAAGAGUAUUAGUGAAGUUACAAUGGAGGACUUGGUGCAGGCAGGCCUAGCGAUAGAAGAGGCCAAGGAGUUUCAAAGGGUCCUUAACGAAGCAGUUUCUGGAGCCGAAAGGUCUGAUCCAAGAAAGGUUUGGCGGGAGGUGGUGGCUCGGAGGGUGCUAAAGCCUUGGCACCCGCAUGGGCUGCACCAGCUGAUCUACUACUCUGUCUAUGCUGAUUGGGAUACCUCCACCAAUGGCCCCCCUCCUUACUGGUUCCCUUCCCAAUAUGAGUCUAAACAUACAAACUUGGGACGUUUGAUGGAAAAUUAUGGUUCAAAGCUAUUAGGGACUUCAUACAAGGAUCCCAUUACAAGUUUUAGCCAGUUUCAGAAGUUCUCCGUUCAGCAUCCUGAGGCUUACUGGUCCAUUGUUUUAAAAGAGCUUUCAGUUUCGUUUCAUGAGGCCCCAAAGUGCAUUUUAGAUACCACUGACAAAUCAAAACAUGGGGGAACGUGGUUGCCUGGUUCAGCUUUGAAUAUUGCAGAAUGUUGUUUGCUACCAAGAAGUCAUCCAAGAAAAGAGGAUAGUGAUUUGGCUGUUGUGUGGAGGGAUGAAGGCUCUGACGAUUCCCAUGUUAAUCAUAUAACAUUACAAGAAUUGCGACAGCAAGUAAUGUUGGUGGCAAAUGCACUGCAUGCAAUAUUUACAAAUGGCGAUGCAAUUGCAAUUGACAUGCCAAUGACAGUCAAUGCAGUUAUCAUAUAUUUGGCGAUUGUACUAGCAGGAUUUGUUGUUGUAUCAAUAGCUGACAGCUUUGCUGCUAAGGAAAUUGCAACUCGUUUGCGUGUAUCAAAAGCAAAGGGUAUCUUCACUCAGGAUUUCAUAUUAAGAGGAGGUCGGAAGUUUCCUUUGUACAGUCGAGUAGUAGAAGCUGAUCCGAUUAAGGCUAUAGUGCUCCCUGUGAUGGGGAAGGAUGUAGGCACUCAGCUAAGAGAACAGGAUUUAUCGUGGAAAGAUUUUCUUUCUGGUGCCAGUCACCAUCCGAGCUCAACUAGUAAUAUUCCAAGCUAUCGACCUAUAGAAACUGUGACUAAUAUUCUCUUCUCAUCUGGAACCACAGGAGAACCAAAAGCUAUUCCAUGGACACAGCUUUCACCAAUUCGAGCUGCUGCUGAUGUUUGGGCUCACCUUGAUGUUCAAGUUGGAGAUGUUUUCUGCUGGCCCACAAAUUUGGGAUGGGUGAUGGGACCAGCUUUACUUUAUUCAUGCUUUCUAACUGGUGCAACUCUUGCACUCUAUCAUGGAUCACCUCUUGGCCGUGGCUUUGGAAAAUUCGUUCAGGAUGCAGAAGUGACUGUUUUGGGUACAGUUCCUAGCUUAGUAAAAUCUUGGAGGAGUACGCAGUGUAUGGAAGGCCUAGAUUGGACAAGGAUAAAAUUAUUUGCAUCCACUGGGGAAGUAUCCAAUGUUGAUGAUGACCAAUGGCUUUCUUCAAGAGCUUAUUACAAGCCCGUUAUGGAAUGUUGUGGCGGCACAGAACUUGCAUCAUGUUACAUCCAAGGAAGUCCAUUGCAGCCGCAAGUUUUUGGAGCCUUUAGCACAGCAUCAGUGACAACAGGCAUUGUUAUCCUUGAUGAAUAUGGGAUACCCUAUCCAGAUGAUCAAGCUUGUGCUGGUGAAGUGGGUUUAUUCCCCAUAAACAUGGGAUCAACUGAUAGACUGCUUAAUGCUGAUCAUGAUGAAAUUUACUUCAAGGGCAUGCCAAUGUAUAAAGGAAUGCGCCUCAGGAGACAUGGAGACAUUGUUGAGAGAACUGUUGGAGGCUAUAUGAUGGUACAGGGUAGGGUUGACGACACCAUGAACCUUGGAGGCAUUAAGACAAGUUCCAUUGAAAUUGAGCGUGUUUGUGACCGUGUUGAUGAAAGCAUCUUGGAGACUGCCGCAAUCAGCAUUGCACCCGUUAAUGGUGGUCCAGAACAAUUGGUCAUAUUUGUAGUGUUGAAGAAAGGGUUUAAUAUUGAACCGGAACAGCUGAAGAGAAUAUUCUCAAGGGCCAUUCAAAGCAACCUCAACCCUCUGUUUAAGGUGAACAAUGUGAAGAUUGUUCCAGAGUUCCCAGAACCGCUUCAAACAAGUUAUUGAGAAGGGUCCUGAGGGACCAAAUGAAGCAUGAGUUUUCAGUACGGAGUAGAAUUUAGUAGCACAUCCGUCCAUUGUUGGUGCAUCAUCAAAUCUCAAGAAUCCAUCAACUUGAAGUGCAUACUGAGAUGCUUGAAUUACUGAAGUACGUAAAUGGAAUAAGAAGAAAUGUUUGAGAAACGUGAAACAAGCAUAAAUCCUUGGUUGAUAUAUGUUUUGACAUUAAUAAAUCGAUCGGGGCUCAUUGAUUUUGA